AAGACAUCAAGAACAGAAACUUCAGUGUGAGCUUAUAGUCAGUGAAACAGUUCCGUUGUUUAAUGUGGAAAUGGGAUACAGUAUCUAAGAAAUGGUGAUGCAUAAUCAUCACUGGGAAAUAAUGGGGUUAGCAGCUUACAGUCAUGUUUUGCCAGAAAGGAUGUAGCUGGAAAUAUUCCAGUGUAUGUGAUUAUGAGUCAGGAACAAUAAAUUUUACUGCGUUACUCUUCAUAUAAACAACAAACAUUGCCAUAUAACAAGAAAUACAAAUAAGGGUAUGUGCUUCAAAACUUUUUGUAAACAUCUUGAUAUGGUAGUACUGAAAAUAGGAAAAUCUUAUAUUGAUGAUAGAAAUGACACGUAAAACUGACUCAGUAAUAGAAGGUAUGGAUUCCAAAUUUUUAUGCCAUCAAAGUGCUUUGUUAAUGGCUGCAAUCAAUAGAGGUGCUAAUGAAGAUGUUGAGAAACUGCUAACAGACAGUGGGGAAUUAGUGUCAGCUGUUGUCAAUGUCCCCUGUGGAAGGCUACAAGUUACAGCAUUACAGCUGGCAGCUGCAAAAGGCAAACAUGGAGUUCAGUUGGUCAACCUACUGCUGACAAAUGGAGCAAGGGUAAAUGUGUCUGAUAAACUGGGUAGAACAGCCCUUCACAACGCAUCCCUUGUUGGCAAUGAAAAGGCUCUACAGGCUUUGUUGAAAGCUGGUGCUGAGGUUGAUUCUCGUCUUCAGAUCAGUUCAGGGCCCAGGCAACAGUUGGACAGUCAUUUCAUUUUAGAUUCAGACUACACUGUAGAUGCGGAUUACAAAGAUCCUACUUCAGGAUUCAAGUUACCUGUUCCGGAAUGCUGGGGACGCACUCCAUUACAUCAGGCCGUAAAAAGUGGUAAUCCUGCAUGUGUGUUUCUGUUGCUUCAAGCCGGGGCAAAAGUGAAUGCUGAAGAUGAGAAGGGCACAACUCCUCUUCUGCUAGCAGGUGCUGGGGUGGCACCAGACAACAUAAAUCAGGUUAUUAAGUAUGAGGAAGUAGUAGAACUCUUAGUAAAAGCAGGGGCUUACGUCAACGUACAGAAUCAAGACACUGGCUCAACUCCCCUGCAUCAUGCAGCGGUGUUGCGCUCAGUUCGUGCCGUGCGGUGUCUGCUGGAUGCAGGUUCCAUACUUGAAGAAGUUGGACGUGAAGGGAGAAUGACAGUGCUUCAUGAGGCAGCAAGGGCAGAUUCUGCUGCAGUGGUGGAACUUCUGUUGAACCAGGGAGCAGGUCAUUUGGUCAAUGCCAAGGAUAAGACUGGAUGUACGCCAUUACACAAGGCAGCCUAUGUUGGUUCCCGUCACUGCUUGACCAAACUAUUGAAGCAUGGGGGUGAUCUGGCAGCUCAGAGUAGCACCAAUGUGUCUGUCAUGGAUGUCAUCUUCUCCCACAUCCCACGUCCACUACAUUUCCUUACAGAUAUCCUGAAUGGGAGCGUUAUCCCUAAUGGUGCCUCUGUUAAUGACCGUAGUUUCAAGGUAACACUUGACUUCAGCUUGUUAUGUCCUCAUGGUCCUGAACAACAGAUGGCAGUAGUAUCUGCUCUUAUGUCUGGUGCAAGUGAUUUCCAGCAGAUGCGAAUUCUACAGCAUCCUUUGCUUGAGACAUUUUUACGAUUCAAGUGGCACCGCCUACGAAUGAUCUUUGGCAUGCUUGCAGUAGUGCAUGCAUGCUUUGUGGCUUCUCUCUCGACAUAUUGUCUCCUUCUGGUGUACAACAACAAUAAUUCUUCGUUAAUUGAGGUUGUUGUGUCACGCCGAGUCCUGCUUGCAUCUGUCUUGGUAUUGUUCAUACAUUUAUUGGUCCAAAUUCUGCUGCUCCCACGCCACUAUUUACUGCAGUAUGAGACAUGGGUCAAUCUAGUGUGUAUCCUUCUCUCACUCACCAUUGCUUUGGGUGGAGAGAUGGGUGACUACAUGAUGCCAUUUCUUAGAGAUCGUGAGCCAACUGAGAGUACAUGGGUGCUCCAUGUCAUGUCCUUUGCAGUGUUACUUGCAUGGACUGAGCUUAUGUUACUAAUAGGGCGGUUUCCAACCUGUGGAUACUAUGCACUUAUGUUCUACCAAGUCCUUCAGAAUGUGGUAAAGGUACUGUUGACAUUUGGUGGCUUGGUGAUGGGAUUUGCCUUCAGUUUUUGUGUGCAAUUUCAUGAAUCUGGUCAGUUCAAGAAUCUCUGGUGGUCCAUAGUGAAGACAGUUGUAAUGAUGAUGGGUGAAUUUGAAUACGGAGAGCUGUUUCCUGAAGAUGACAAGAUGCAGUUGCGUCUGAAGGGAACGAGUCGCAUCAUUUUCCUUGCAUUUGUGGUUCUUUCAUCAAUUGUGUUGAUGAAUCUCAUGGUUGGUCUUGCAGUUAAUGACAUCCAGGACCUUCGGACAAAAGGGCAUGUCCAGCGGCUGUUGAAACAGGCUGAAUUUUUGGCUCACUGUGAAAAAUUAAGUUCUCAUCACAUUCUCAGCUCAGCACUAUUUCCUGGUUGGCUUCAUAAAAUUCUGUAUGACAGACGUAGCAUGGAAACCUUGUUUGUGAUCCAGCCAAGUGAGAUCUCAACCUAUAGGAAGGACUUGUCUUUUAUGCUCUUGGAGUCACUUAUUGGAGUUGCUAUUCACAAUGAGCAGAAGUCUGCUGGACGUAAUACAGAGUAUUCAAAGGAUUACCACAGAUACCGGCAAAACAAAAUCAGUGAUGGAGGUGAAUAUGGAAGAAUGUCAGAUCAAGAGGCUGUAGCUUCUGUUGAUCACAGCAGCAUUAUAAUGAUGCUUCAUCAACUCCAGCUGGACAUUGCUGAUAUCCGCCAGGCUCUUCAUGUGGACCAGGAUAUGGAAACUGUCAUGACUACGGGGAUGGCAGUUGGAAAUCAUAGUGUGAUGAUGAGUGAACGGCGACAUAGCAGCCAGCCUGUGGGUGUCAGCAGGUGGGCAAGACCUCUGGCUGAGAUUCAGGAGGCACAAGGUAUACUGCGGAGAUUGCGUCGAAAGAGCAAUAAACAUAAUAUUGUGGUGUGAUAUUGUUAUACUUGGUUCAAGUUAAAAAUGUUUUCACAUGAGAUAAUGAUAAACCUAGCUCUACCAAGUCACACAGCAUAGUGGAUAACACUCUUGCUUCAACUUGGGAGUUCAUAUUUUUAAUCUCGAUCCAAAGUUUAUGUAUCUUGAGGAGGGAUUUUAUACUUUUUCCAUUGAAAAUGACAAUUAUGUGGAAGUCUGUAUAAAUUAUCAGCCCAGAUGCUUGAUUUCUUGGACUGGUGGGGCUUUUUUAUAGGAGGGGCGGGUAUUUCCUCUCACUCCCUUCAGUCAAAUUCUUGGACAGAACCUCAUGUCUGUUUCCUUUCUAAUCCUUCCAAAUUCAUCAGUCACAGUCAUUCUUCCAUUUGAUAUUUGGUAGUCUGUACACUUGAUAAAGAUUUGUUAAAUAACUAGCCUGUUGUUUUUCUCAGUCCCUCCAGACAAACUGCAGAAGAGGAGCUUGAAGUGGGCAAAGAAUUAUUUUUUUUUUCAUCCUUUCCAAUUCAGCAUGUAAUGAUCCUGCCAUUCAACACUAUAUAACAUGGAGUUGAUAAGGCAUCAAUAUAUAAACCCAUAAAUUAUAAACUCCAGUUGUAUAUUUUCCAAAUACAAGUUUUGCCAGAAGGGCAUUGAUAACAUAUUUUGAUGGGUGUCCUUAUGUGACACAGAAAGCAGGGGACCCAGAUUCAGUCUGUAAGAUUUGUUUAAUACUCCCAUCUAUGUACAUUAGCUUCUUAAAUGAUUACUAUCCAUGAUAUUUUCAAAUGAGAAAUGUUGCACACAUUUGUUUUUCACAUCCAUGUUACAUAUGCCUUUCAUAAGUACCAAGUUUAUUUAAUUGUUUUUAAGUACAAUCAGUGAAAUACCUCAUUAUGUACUUUUAUUUAUGCCUCAUUUAUCUUCCUUGUGUCUAAAAACUUGGUUCUUGCACACACAAAUCCUUGUUUUUCCUGCAGAGUAGGCACAAAGUUUUGCACCUAUGUAAAACAGUGAUUGGUAAAUGAGAUAGCUGUGUAUAUAGCAACUAGGCUAGGAGCUUGAUUACCAAGGAAUCAAGGUUAGAUUCCCAGCGAGAGAAAAAUAUUUUUUCUCUUCUCUACAGCAUCCAGAUAGUCUCAGGGGUCCAUUCAGGAUCCUAUAAAAUAUUUAGUUUUUUAAGGUAAAAUGACUUGAAUGGUAUGUAUAUAUGUGUAUGUUCUUGAAAAUAAAUAAAUUAUUUAUGUAAGAAGCGUUUUCUUCUUUGGCUUUUACUUCCAGACAGGAUAGACUGAUAUCCUGUAGUUAAGAUCAGUGAGAGAAACCAUUUUAAACUUCAGUCAUUUGAGCCAACAAAGCCAGAAGAGAAAUAAAAUCUGUAUAACUGAAGCAUAAGCAUAAGAAAUGCUUUGAAAUGUUUUGAACAUAUGGCAGUGUAUGAUGAAAGCAUUCACAUGCUUCACAUGUGCUAUUUUACUAUAUUAACUAUGUGACUGGUUCUAUAUCUAUGUAUAUGGAUUUAUGGAAUAUACAAUAAAUGAAUGAAUGAAUGAAAUGGAAUUGAGCCAGUUAAGUUGCAUAAUGCAUCUGACUUGUAUUUGGAAGGUAUCCAGCUUGAAUCUUGACCUGCAAACUGGCUAUCAUGACACAUUCUUCUUGUUUUUGACACAAAUGCUGGAACAAUUCUUUGAAAUAUCCCAUUUCACUGUAUAUAUUCAUUCAUCUCAUACAGUAAUAAAUAAUCUGUGCAGUUAAAAUAGAAUUGUUAAUUAAAUGACCAACAAGCUGCAUGUGAUCAUGUUAGUUUUGUUUCUAUUUUUAGGUAGACUUCCUAUUUUUUGUGGUUUAGUUUGGACACUGUCAGUGUCUAGACUAUAUCAUGGAAUGUUAGAAUGAUUGGUAAAUAAGACUUUGGAGAGGAUUUAGAAGGAAGUUGUCAUUGCUUGACCGAAGUACUAUUUUGGACACAAUGAGGACAACCUUAAUGACUUGUCAGGAUUGCUGGUGAUCUGGUUGAGAUUCAAACUCAGCAUCUCAUUAAUAUGUGUUUAAAGUGUUACAAAUAUACCAGCAUACUCAGUGUUUUUUAUUUUAAAGUUUACAUGAAAUACUGGCUCCUUUUCACUACCUAGCAUAAAAACUAUAAAAAUUAUGAGUAGGGAAAUAGAGAGGAUUAUAUGGUCCCUAAAAUCUAAUCAAACCCAUGGAUACUCGUAUGAUGAAAUUUCGAAUAAUAUACUCAAAGCCUGUAAAAUCUUUAUUAGUGAACCUAUAAGUUGCUUAUGUAACAGAGCUAUGCAUGAGGGUAUAUUCCCAGACAGAUUAAAAUAUAUAUUGUACCAAUAUACAAAAAGGGUGGUAAAAACUUAGAAUCAAAUUACAGACCUAUAUCCAAAUUGACAUAUAUUAAUAAGAUAUUUGAGAAGGUAAUGCAUAGUAGAUUGUUAAAACAUUUGAAUGAUAAUAGUAUAUUAAGCAAAUACCAGUUUGGAUUUAGAGAAAAUCAAGGGGCUGAAAAUGCAAUUUAUAGACUUAUCUCUGGAAUACUAGACUCAUUAAAUAAAAAAAUGCAAGUCUGUUGGAUUUUCUGUGACUUAUAAAAGGCUUUCGAUUGUGUUAACCACGAUAUUCAUUUAUCAGUAAUCUGUCAGAUGACAGGUCCACAGUCUCUUCCAA